UAUUAAUUUAAAAUAAUAGUUAUAUUUUAGAAGAUUAAAAACAAAAAAAACGUAAAACCUAACUAAUAUCCAGAUUAAACAGAUUUAUUGCCUUUUUUAUUAAAAAUAACGAAACUAAUAAUCACAUCCCGCGCAAGGCGCGGGUUAUUACCUAGUGUUUAGUAAAUUCAACAGUACUCACGAGGAAACAAUGACACAAUUUCAAGAAGUAUCUUUCACUAUCCUAUUUUUUAGCAGAAAAAUGGUCGGUGGUGUUCUCUUGAGUUCGAGUUUGUGAAUGGUAUCCCUUUAAAAAAAAUGGGUUUUGCAUCUGUGCGGUUAGUUAUAUACGUCCUGUUCAAUUUUGUAGUUAAUAUGUAAGCAUAAAAACAAACUCAAACUCCAAAAGGAAAUCAUCAAGCCAGUAAUAGGCAUGUACAUAAUAAACAGAUACCAUGGUAUAAGUAUAAACACAACAUUUAUUCGAUUUUUUUAAAAAAAAAUUAAAGGGACACGUAUACUAAUUGUGAAACCGAGGACGGCACCGAACCAUAUUGACUUCCCCUCUUCUUCAGUGCCUAUAUAUACUUCGUACUUUCCAUUACGUACCAUACGACCUUUGUUUCUCUCUUUCUCAUAAUUUCCUUUAAACUCUCAAAUUAGCUCAUAAUUGAUAAAAGCAGAUUGACCAACUUCUUGUGAUUAAUCAUUAAUCAUCAAAAACAUCAAAUGGGACGAUCAACUUGUUGCGAGAAGAACGGACUCAAGAAAGGGCCAUGGACUUCAGAGGAAGACCAGAAGCUUAUCGAGUAUAUCCAGAAACAUGGAUAUGGUAACUGGAGAACCCUCCCCAAAAAUGCUGGUUUACAGAGAUGUGGCAAGAGUUGCCGAUUAAGGUGGACUAACUAUCUCCGACCAGAUAUAAAGCGAGGAAGAUUCUCCUUCGAAGAAGAAGAAACAAUUAUUAAGCUUCAUAGUUUCUUAGGAAACAAAUGGUCUGCGAUUGCGGCGCGUUUGCCCGGAAGAACUGAUAACGAGAUCAAAAACUUUUGGAACACACACAUAAGAAAGAAGCUAUUGAGAAUGGGGAUCGAUCCAGUGACUCACAGUCCGCGACUCGAUCUCCUCGACAUCUCAACCAUCUUAGCAUCAUCUAUAUGCAAUUCCUCUUCACAUCAUGUUAACAUGUCAACACUCAUGAUGGAUGCUAAUCGUCAGCAGCAACAAUAUCCAUUGGUUUACCCCGAAAUACUCAAGCUCGCUACCUCUCUCUUCUCUCAAAACCAAAACCAAAACCAAAACAAUGUGGUGGAUCAUGACUCGAUCACCCAUGAGAAUCAUACGGUUUAUCAUCAUGACGUUAACCAAACAGGAGUAUAUCAAUACCAAACCGACCAUCAAGAACUCCAGUCUUGCUUGCCGCCAUUCCCCAAUGAAUAUCAGUUUAGUAACAUGGACCACCAGUUCAAUGGUUUCGGAGAACAUACUCUCGCUUCAACCUCGAAUGCGUCGGUCCAAGAUUGCAAUAUUCCAACAUUUAACGAUUACGAAAGCUCUAGUUUUGUACUAGAUCCUUCUCAUUCAGAUCAGAGUUUCAACUUCACUAAUUCGGUCUUGAACACACCAUCCUCAAGCCCCACUACGUUAAACUCACGCUCCACCACUUAUAUCAGCAGUAGCAGUUGUAGCACUGAGGAUGAAAUGGAAAGCUAUUGCAAUAAUCUCAUGAAGUUUGAUAUUUCCGAUUUCUUGGACGCUAAUGGUGUUAUCAUAUAAAUUCAAGAACCAAAAUAAAUACAUUGUUGGAUCGUUUUUAUUUUGCUUUUUUUUGUAACUUUAAGACUUCUUUUUCUGUAUUUUCAUUUGUUUACAUGUAAAAUACCAUUUGUUUUCUUGUUUUUACUUAUGUUUUAGAGGUUAUAUUACUACUAUAUAUUUUUAGUAAUGGAGUUUCCAUUAUUGAUAUCCACUUUAUAUUUAAAUAUUUAUAUUUGGCCGGGUUGACUUUUACAUAUAUAUACUCUCUCCUCUCAAGAUUAAAUUUGACUCAAUGAUAUGUAUAAUUGAUAUGUGAUGCUAAAAUUUCCUGAUAUAGACAUGAAAAAUAUUUAAGAAUUACAUAUUGACUUAUGACAUGUUUCCAAAAGGUAUUAAUGGGAACGUAUGAGUCAAACAAACUUGUAGGUCCAAAUGAUUCACCAUAUAACCUGUAUAUUUUAUACGUAUUUCCUUUUUAUGAUCACAAGACCAACCACAUGCAUCUCAGCAAAAUCUUAAGAAAUAUUUUAAAUUAAUUAUUAACUACAUUGGUAUUUCAUUUUAUAUCAUCUCUACAACUGCGGGACUACGAAUAACUGAAAAGACUACAAGACACGCAUGAAAAAAACUCUAGACUGAUAUUUACUAGGAAACACAAAUAGAACUAUAAAAGCUUCCACUAACUUCUGCACGUAUACUUCUUUAGUUUUUGAGCUUCUACAGUUCUCUCAAAAAGAAAAAUUAUAUUCCUUCCGUUUCUAAAAAAUCUAUGUUUUAGAAUUUUCACACUUUUUAAUAAAACAUAUUAAAACUUAGCUAUAAAUGUAUAGUUUUUUUAUAAUUUUAUAUUUUUUAUAUUUUUAAACUAAUAAGAUUUUUAAAAAUGCAAUUAAUGUUUUGACAUUAUUAAUUGACAAAAAUUACAUUGAAAAUAUAAAAUAUUUUUUUUUUUAAACAAAUGUUUUCUCUAGAAUAUGAAUCAAUUAAAGGCGGACGGAGUAGAAGCUACCAUACGUGCGGAAGUUAAUGGAGUCAUGACUAUUGUUCCACGGGACUACUAAAGUAACUAGUGGAUCGAGGACACGUGUCGAUGAAUGUCGAUGAAUUGGCAUGUUAACUAAAAAAAAGAAAGCCUACAUAUAAUUGAAAUCACGGCUAAGUUUUUGUAAUCGCUUUACAAGUGUAUGUAUCAAACACCAUUUAAGACGAGUACACGUGGACUCAAUAAUAGAUAUGUAGGUCCCGUUUGUUACGUGUCGAACGAUGAUUUUUGGGUGAGCUGUUAAUUUUAGACUCCUGGAGUGGACAUAACACUUUGUGAUCGAAUAAGUGCUGUGAUUGUGACAUGAUUUUUUUUCUUUGUCAUGUGUAUUGUUUUUCAAUGGACCUUGUAAAAGGUUUACAUGUCUGCCGUCUCUCUGUCAACUAUUUAUUGCUGUAUAUUAGACGAUGACUUUUUCGGCGGUUGCGUUCUCCAUUUAGAGAAAAUGAUUUUCUGAUCACUGACACUUUGUAGUUUAUAAAGCAGAGUCAGUGAUCAGCAACUUAGCGAUAAAGAGAGAGAAGAGAGAGAUCUGGUUUUCCGGCCGACGGAGGGGCUUCCACAGUCACCGUCGGUCCGGCGUUGUGUUUUCUCUACCGUGUUGAUUUCUUUGCUCUGUUUGAUGUGUUUGGUUUUGAGAGGUAGGGAGCGUUUUUUCUCCUUUUAGCUUGGUUUUCUGGGAGGUAGAGGCUUAUAUAGCUCUGCUGUCGUCGGAUCUUGUUCCCGGGAGGUGGAGGCUCUCUUAGCUCUGCGUCGCCGGCAUCUGUGGCCUUUGUCCAUGAAGGCGUUUGGUGGGUUGGCUCUGCAGGAGUCGUUGUAGUCGGCUCGGGGUGUCCCGAAAGAUGGAGACGGUGGUUCUAGAGAUUUGGGUUUCAUUUCACUUUUCUUGUGUGCUUGGUGGUCAGAUGAGAUCUCGAUGUUUGAUGAGCUCUCUGACAGUCUGAAGAUGGUUCUAGUAUGGCGGCUUCGUUUGGGUUAAGGAUGAGAUCUCGAUCAAAAUCGAUUGAUGCUCUCCGUUAGAAGAAGCGAGAAUGAUGAAGUGGUAUGCGGCGGAUAAGAUUUCGAUUCGGUCGGUGAAAGUUCUCCGUGGAUCGGAAGGUUAAGAGUUCGCGAUGUGGUUCUAGGUCCGGUGGGAUCCGGUGAAGCUGCAGAGUUUGCGUGGCCGUGUCAGUGGCGGCACCCGUCUGCUAGGGUUUCUGUUUUGUUGGGCUUUAAGCCCGUAGUUUGUUAGCGGCCCGUUUGUUUUGGGCUUUUUCUUUUUUUGUUGUUGUUGAUUUGGUGGGCUUUGUCCCUGGGCUUGGCCCGUUUAUAAUAAUAUCGUUGGGAAAAAAAAAAAAUAAAGCAGAGUCAGUAUGUUUUUGUGUGUAUGCGGGUAAAAUAUACAUAAUUAAUCUAAAAGGUAGGGGUUAAAGAAAUAUUUUCGAAUAUAGCUUUAUAAUAUGAUAAAGUUUAUUAGUUCUCUGCAAAAUAUUUAAAACCCAAUAAAUAAAACAUUGUAAUUCAUAACCUAUUCUUAUGUUCAAUGCUAACUCUUUUUUCUUUUUGCAUCUUUUAAGUUUUUACUAAACAAGGUUGUGGGGUAUGAAUCCCCCAAAAAUCAUUUUUUGUAAAAGGUUCAAAUUAUAAAUUGGGAGAAAAAACCUGCAAUAUUUAUCUAUUGACUUCGAAACAAAGAAUCAGAAAGUCUACCAAUAAUUAUAAAAUGAAUUUGGGCGGUUGCGUGUAUGAAUUUCAGACCCAUAACAAAAAGGUAAACCUUGUUUUACAUGCUCCCGUUUGUUUUCGUUUGUGUGUGUGUCUAUGUUCAUGACAAACAACAACCCGUGUUUUCUCUCGCAUACAAUCCGUGUUGUGUUUAAUAAUAUGUACCACUUGAUCAUAAACAUACAAAAGAUUGUGGUCAAAUUUGGAGGUUCAUAGAGGUAACCUAAUUUAACUCCCUCCUAAGUUCAAUAUCUAGUUUUUCUACUAAGUUUUAUAGGUAACUAUUAGAUAUAUGUUUCGUAGUAUGUAAGUCGAAUUUGAGUUUGUGAUGUUGUUGUUCGUUAUUGAAAGAGAUAUAUUCCACAUAAGAUGAAAAAAUUUAAAGCAAUAGUUCGCCUAAUUUAAUCGUUUUCAAUAUAUAAGUCAAAUCAGAGCUUGAUCUGCACACUCGCGUGAGUGUUUAGUUUUACGUUUUUAUAAAUAAAUAUUUAUUUCUAUAACUGAUGAUAUAUAUUUUCAAAUUUACCCUUUUAAAUAAUUGUUUAAUAUAAUAUUUCUAACAAUAAUUUUUUAUUUUUUAUUGAGUAAUUUUAUUUUAUCUUGUAAACCAUCAAAUUGUAUCAUCCAUAUUUUUAGAAUAUGAUAUGUAUAUUCAUAAAAAUGUAUUUUUAUUUUAUUAUGGAUCAAAUUUGUAUGAUAGUGUAUAGUUAAAUUGUUGUAUAUACUAUUUAAAAUAUAUGGUGCUAUAUAUUUUAUACUUUUCAACAUUAACAUACUGAAUUAACAUUGGACUAUUAUUUAUAUGUUAAUAUAUAUAUAUAUAUUAUGUAUAUGAUUAUUUUUAUAUGAAUUUUAUUUAGUUAUUACUAAUAAAUAAUAAAAAUACAAUUAUAUAGCUUUUAAAACAAUGUUGUUCAUUAAGUAUUUAAAUCUAGGUUAUUAUUUAUUUCUAAAAACACUUAUAUAAUAAAAUAAGAAGUUUAUAGAGUCAGUAUGAGUCUGUAUAAAUUGAUGAUAAAAAAAUAAUAAUAAGAAAAGACAAAGAAUAUUAAAAGCUAGGUUUAUUAAUCAUUGUUGUCAUAAAACUUGAGUUAGAAUUUAAUUUUAGAAAUGCAUUAAUUAAACAGAAAAAGACAAAAAAAUUUAAAAGAUGGAUUAAUUAAUAAAUUUAAUAGCAUGUCAUUGUAAAUAAGUUAAAAAUUUAAGGAGUAUUUUAUUUUAGUACUUCGUUUUUAAUAAUAUAGAUUUGAAUUUGUGAUGUAGAUGUUCAUUUUUUUAAGAAGAUAUAUAUUCCAUAGAAGAUUUUAAAACUUCAAGAAAAUAGUGUCGCCUAAUUUAAUCGGUUUUGACUCUUUGAUGUGCAUCAUCCAUAUGGUCCUAUUUCAAAUUUCCCCAAAGCUAUUUUAAAUUAAGCGCGAACAUUUGAAGUAGUCUUUAUAAAGAACAUUUGAAAUAUUGUCGCCAAAAAAUUGACUAUUGGACUUUGAUAGUAAACUUUUGUCGUCCGUACGACCAGAAGCUUCUAUAAUCACAUAUUGUAGUUAUAAAAGGUCGAUGGCCACGUAAUCCGUACGUCAUUUAUACAUCAGAAUGGGUUAUCCACUUUCCCCCACCAUUAUUAUACAAAGAAAAAGGAUAUUUUUUUGACAAAGAAGAAAAAAGAAAAAGGAUAUUACAGAACAUUAUAGUAAAACAAUGAAAUAUUACAGACAAUACUAAAGAGUAGAAAGGCUGAUAUAUACUAAAUAAAUUUGGAAGGCCUUGUUUAUACGAACAAUGACAUCAUACUAUUUUUAAAAUAAUGAUUCAGAUAAAGGAAUGCCUAAUUUUGGCCUUUGUCCAAAGUAAUCAAUAUUGGAAUUAAGUAUACUUAAAUUAGUAAUUUGUUAAAUAGAAGGAUAUAUAUAAAUAUAUUUUGAAGCUAUUAAUAUCUGUAAAAAUGCUAACACAUACUUUUUGUGAACUGGAUUUUUAAAGUCAAAUAAAAGGCAUUAUCCAAUCACGGCUGGCCCAUAUUAUUAAUAAGUUUUUUUUUGAAAAUGAUUUUCUUCUAGAAAAGCAAAACAACAAAAGCUCAAUUUAGAAAACUUUGUAAAAAAAAAUCUGUAAGACCACUUUAGUCAUACAUGGAUAAAAAGUCCCAGCCGUCCACAGGGUAUAAAAUGUCCGGAUAAAGUCAAUUUCAAAAUUUAAGAUAAGCACCUCUAUAGUAGAGAUGUGUCCUUUGCACGCAUAGCGUUAUGUUUUUGGUACUUGGUUUAAGCAAUGUUACAUUGAGUUUGUUAAAAGUACCUAUUGAACUACAUUAGAAGUAUGAUCGAAAACUAAGUAAUGUGACUUUGUGUGUCCUUAUAUCAUGACUUGUCACUUAUUUAUAGGUUAAUGUCAAGACUUUAGUUAUAACUUAACUAGAAAAGUUUUAAAAAGUGGUUUUUCUUAAUUCUGUUUCAGUUAAAAGUUUAUGCCGGUAUUUUCUCCUAUUCCUUACUAGAUUAUGAAUGCUUGAUAUUUAAAUUAUACAAACCAUCAAUUAAUGCUAAAUCACCAAUAAAAUAUGUAAGCCUCUGUCCAAUGCUUAUUAAAUUUUUCGUCGAUGUUUGUUUUCACUUUCGUCUAGCCAGCUGCAACAUAACUGUUAACAUGAACUAUAUUUUUCCUAUAACAACUCCAAAACUGCUAAAAACUUUUCAGAUCACGGAGAAUUUUAUAACCGUCCGAAUAUAUCUUUAACCGGUCUAACUUUUAAUUUAUAAAAAUAUGUUUGAUAAUAGUCGGCUGGUGAAUUUAUUGUUCUAAAAAGUUAUUAUUCUCAACAAUGGUUAUUAAAAGAACAUUAUUAUACGUGUAAGUAGGAAUAUUCUUCCAAUCCACAUAUAUCCAUUUUCUAAGUUCAUCUUGUUGUUUUGUUUGGAAGUGAUGGAAACUCACAAAGUUGGUGUUUGAUGUCGUCAAUACAUGGACAAUAAUCCAAGUACAAGGGCAAGACCAUCGAUUUUUUUCCAUUAUUCUAAAAGUUUCCGAUCAAAAGCUGACAUGCCAACAAAGUAGGCCGUGCAGAAAGAAUUUAGCAUUAUAAUAUUUUGAAAAUGCCCUGCAAACAGGCCUAAAAAUACUACGACUUCUAAAAUCGCACUAAAGGCCCAACAAAAGCCAUUACAAACAAAACUACAAGCCAUGUAAAAUUAAAUCAAAUUUUAAUAGUAAUAACUGUAAAUUCAUAUAAUUUUAGUGUUUAUAUGUAAACAAAAUCACUACUAUAUAAAAGGAGUUAUUUUUGGAGCUUCUAAGGGGUGUCACUUAGAACAAAAUAUUCCUCACCAAUCAAGUUGCCAGGUCAUCGCGGAUGUUUAACUGACGGGCCCCGAACCAUUCAAACCCGUCAAGAUAACAAUCCAUUUGCAAAGGUUUCUGCUUAUCUUUCCAACUCUGGACUUAACAGCAAAAAUAUUCAUUCAAAAAAGCUCUAUAGUCUCUUGACUCUAACCUCAGCCGCUCAUAGUCCUUCAACCUUCCUCCUCUCAGAAAUCACCCGUUACUAUAUGGAGUCGUUUAUCACAGCCAAUAUCCCCGUUAACACUUACUGCUACCAUUAAUUUCUUCCCCAAAGCAUAAAACCGUCAACUAUUUGGCUUCCCCUCACCAAUUCUAUAAAAGCCGGCAUAGUUAGAAAGCAUGAUCUCUCUAACAACAAGCUUCUGGUCAGAAAAGCUUAGGAAAUUUGCCGCCUUUCUGACGCUCAGUUCAAUCAUCCAUCAUCGGCGUUGUAAGACAUCACCGGUAUUUGAUUUUAUAUAUACUCCAUUUCAUCUAUUUUAUUAUUGGAUUUGACAGGGUGAGAUCUGUAAAGAUGUGAUCUAUCUGAAAAUUGCAGCCUAUCAAAAAUUCACAAUUGAAUCAGCUUCAGUUGUGGGUAUAUCUAAAGUAUAUUACUUUUACUUACACCCGUGUCUAUUCCAUGUUGUAGAUUAUUUUCAAAAUACAUGCAGCGAUUAAGUUGAGUCGUAUGUUCGAAAAGGCAUUCACGAGAUCAUUCAAUAGCCUGGAAAACAUUAUUGGAGUCAAGUGGGUUUCCUUCUUCAGUAUCAGUUUGUUUAGUUUGAACUUAGAAAAACAUUAUUCACGAGAUCAUUCACUUGAAUUACAAAUAUUUUCAUGAAGCUGUUUGUUUAGUUGAUUAAAAAUGUGCAUUUCAGGAUUAAGCUUAAUAUAAAAGCACUAGCAGUUCAGAGUGGCUGAGGAAGAGUAAUCAAAUCCGAGCAAAACAUGUUAUCUUUGUAAGCCGUCUUUCCUUUUUAUGGAAUAUGUAUAUUCAUAGCAUGCUACGUGUUUGAUAAAAUGCCUCACAGAAACUCCAUAUUCUCACAUUCCAGUAGCUUAUGCUUGAAGAUUGUUUUUUAUAAAAACUAACCAAAUUUUGUCUAACGUUAUAUAUUUGCAGGUUUUCAGUUUGACAUGUAUUUGACUGGACAAUCUUGAAGUAUCCACAGUUUGGCUCUAGCUCCACUCUAGCUCAAAACCAAGAGUAAGUAACAUCGUUUUUUUUCGAGUUUACAUAAUUUUAAACCUCUAGAGCAUAUUAUCAAAUCCUCACGAUAGUAUAUGUGUUCCAACAGUCGAGUCUUACACGUUAACCAGGUUUGUAUCUAUUAAUGAUGGGCCUAACUCACACCCAAAAGCUAGCUCAAGAGUAGAGGAUUGCCCACACACUUAUAUAAUGCCCAAGGAUCACAUAUGUGUCCGAUGUGGGACAUCUAAUAGCCCCUCUCGAGAUGUGGGUGGGAAAUGGUCCUUAGGAAACAGCCCAAGCCCAACAUCUCGAACAUACCACAGCAAUAUGGGCCACUUGUACAUGCUACAUAGGUAGGAAACUGUUUAUGUGGAAAAUCAUAUGAUGGGCAUUCACCAUGGGCUCUGAUACCAUAUUAGUGAUGGGCCUAACUCACACCCAAAAGCUAGCUCAAGAGUAGAGGAUUGCCCACACACUUAUAUAAUACCCAAGGAUCACAUAUGUGUCCGAUGUGGGACAUCUAAUAGUAUCCUCCAGUGCCAUCUGGUGAGAGACCAUAGAAACCUUCGGGUGAGCUUUUAACUGUGCUACCCGCAUGUGCAAUAAUUGUUAGCAUAUUAUCUCUAGAGCUCUAUUUGUAUACCUAUCACAUGUGUUGCUAAGUUCCUUCUUAAGGUUUUUUAAUAAGACAUUCAAGAUUUAUUUUCAUUAAGUGCCUUUUUCCAGUUGAUGUUCAUUUAAUAAGUCUAUGGUCUAUCUCAGUCACUUUAGGCACCAAAACUUUUCUAUUUCUGUUAAAUCUCUAAUAGUAAACUUCAUGUAAUUUCUAUGAAAUCAGCAACAACACUUAACAGUCUCAUGUGUCAUGCAUGAGUUCAGUUUGCAUGUGUAAAUAUUCGUUAAAAAGAUUUGGUUAGUUUGGGGCACAUCUGUUUUAGUUAGUUUAAGAUUCGGUUAAAGGGAAUGCAAGACAAUCAUCAUUUUGUAACUGCUGUUAUUCGCAUACAUUAACUAUGGCAUUGUCAUUCUACCUCACACACAAAAAAAUUCUGAAGCAAUUGUGCUACAAACAAUCUACAAAAUUGUUUGAAUAAAUAUGUUUCUCACAUAUUUGGGUAUGAUUCUUACAGAACCUGCAGCUUUGUCUAAGUUGGUGAAGAAGCAAGAGACGAAGAAGGAAAGGAAUUAAAUGAUGAAUCGCAAACUUACUGGCUGUUCCAACAGAUAAUUGUGAAGGUGAUGUGUCAAGCUCUGGUCUGGUAGAGACUAAAGAAAGGGUAUUAUAAGCAAAAAGACGGAGUGAGGAAAACGAUUGAUAAUUGUAUACUUGAGUCAACAAUAAAAAAUUAUAUAUUCUAUAUAUUUGAUUUUGGCACAAAUAAUUUCAAAAAUUUAUAAGUUUUUAAUUUUUUUUCGACCAAAAUAUUUGUAAAUAAUAUGAAUAUUUUGGUGACUUUGAUGACGGGGAGAAAUAAAAAUUGAAUAUUUUGUUAAACUAUAGUCGUAACAAGCGUCAACUUAUAAUUAUAUAAAGAUAAUAUGCUAUAGAACGCGGAACCAUGUGUUGUUGAGUCUGAAGAAGGAUAAAAGAGAUUAUCUAAAUUUCUUCAUAAGAUGAAGAAUAUGGAAAAUGCGUACCAAUAGUCUUCCAGUAGAAAAGAGAUCACAUUGUGAAAGAUCAUCCUCAAUCAGAGCUACAAACACAUCACUAAAACCAAAAGCAGAGGCAUUGCGAAUGGCAGUCAAGCAAAUGAGGAUGCUAAAUUUUAAAAAAGUUGCUUUCAUCAGUGAUUGCAAACCAAUCAUAUAUGUGUUGCAACAAUAUACCGGUCAAACAACCAUCCCAAAGGUCCAUACCACAGAGUCUCCAUAUUACAAGAUAUAAUGGAAAGCUCCAAAUCUUAUGAAUUUUCCUUUUGUUAUGUCCCUAGAAAUUGGCUGACUUUGGUGGAUGAAUUAGCUAAUAAUUCUAGAUGAAACAAUCAAAGCUAUGUAAUAUGCUGGUUCUAAAUUUAUAUUAAAAUAUGUUGAAAAUAUAUAAAAAAAAAAUAUAGCAAACAAACUUAUCUACUAAUAAUAGCAAUCCCAAUUAAUUCAUAGGGUUGCGUCUUUUCAUUAUAAGUUUAUUCAUACCUGUUUGUAGUAUCUUUUCGUUUAUAACCGUUUACGGUUACGGUUGUAUCUUUUCGUUAUAAAGUUGUAUCAUUUCCCUCUUAUGUCUUUUGAACUCUAUAUAAUUGUGUUGUUCACAAAAAAUUUGCACCAACGUAUCAUCAUAAUUUCACUCUCACCAUUACUCAUCUCUUCGCUCUCAAUCGGCUAUUUCCAAGCGACUGUUUAACAAUUUUCUUUUGAUUUCUGGCUGACGUUGACUCCAACGCUGGUUGUUUUCUUUUAUUAUUUUCUUUUUGUUUUUAAUAUAUUUAGAUCUCUGGUUACUACCAUUAAAUACACUGGAAGAAAUUUAUAAUUGAAUAGACGAUUUCAUAAUGGUGGAGUCAUCUUUACACGCAUCUUCAUAUUUCUUCAUGUGUUUCAGAAAUUAAGAACUACGACUAGUAUACGGUUUUCAGAGAUUAAUGUUAACGACUUAAGAAAGCAACGUCGUAUCGUCUUGUGAUUUCUAUUUUAUUUUCUACAACACGAUAUUUAUAUUGAUCCACGCGUUACUAAACCGCACAUACCAAGUGCUUCUUUUGCGUAACAUCAAAAGAGCAAGAUAUCGUGUGUUCCAAUGAUCAUAUGUGUCUGUGACACAAAGUUCUUUAAAUACCAGUCAUCUCCCUCAUGUCAAGCAAACACUAUAACAAAGGCAAUAAAUAGAAACAAAAAUGGUGUUUUUAUUUUCUGUUGUUUUAUCUGUUUUGAUAUAUUUUUUCUUAAUAUUACAGUAUUAUUAUUUAUAUAGGCGUAUUCUAAGAAGUAUGUAAGUAGUUUUAGUUUUAUUUAUAUGUUAACUGUUUGGAAUGAAUGGUUAUUUUUUAAAGGGACAUGUCUUCCCAUCAUUUUAAAAAUAAUUUAAGAAUUGAUUUCUUAUAUAUCCAUAUAUAUUUGUUUGGGCAAAUCUCCAAAAUAGCACAUUUCUAAGUUUAUAUCACAAAAAUAGGAUUCAAAAACUAAAAUGACCAAAAUAGCAUUUUAUCUUUUGAAAAAUUUAAAUUUUUUUAAUUUUCAAAAUUUGAAAUCUUAUCCCCAAAACCUCACUUCUCAACUCUAAACCCUAAAACCUAAACUCUAAACCCUAAACUCUAAAUUCUAAACCCUAAACCCCACCUCUUGAGUACUAUUUUUGUGUCUUUUGGCCUUAAGUGCUAAUUUGGGAACAAAAACUUGAUUUAGUGCUAUUUUAGUCUUUUUCUCUA